AAGAAGAAGCUUAUAAAAAAAACUACCAAACCAAAUUUUCUUUUUGAAGACUUCCCUUCCGCAUGGUCUCCCCCAUAAUUCAGUCGAAAAUGCCAUUAUCACCGAAGCAGUCAAUCUAUAGCAUAUACCUCAAUGGAACGCUCAAGAAAGAAAGUAAAAUUUUAUUUUCUCUUUAGAAUCGAAGGGAUCACUUGGGUGGAUACUUGAUGCGGUCCGUCAAAUGCCAAAUUUCCAGCAAAUGGAAUCAACUCUGUACAGCCGGAUUGGAGUUGGUUGUGGUAUGCAGAUCUUUGUCAAAACUCUCUCAGGGAGAACCUUAUUCACACUCGAAGUCGAAAGCUCCGACACCGUUGACAGUGUCAAGGAAAAGAUACAGGACAAGGUAGGAAUUCCUCCAGACCAUCUAAGUCUAACCUUUGCCGGUGAGCUGCUCAUUGCUAGCCGCACCUUGGAUUAUUACGACAUCCAUGAUAAAUCAACACUGAUGUUGAUUAGACAUGGUGCCAAGAUCUCUUUCAAUAUUCAGCAAAUGAAAAGGUUCGACUUCGAGUUUGAAGUCUCCGACACGGUUGAUAGUGUCAAGGCAAAGAUACAUGCCGUUGCAGGCAUUCCACCUUACAUGCAAAAACUAUUCUAUGACGAUGAACUGCUUAAUGGUGACCGUACGUUGGCUGGUGAAUGCGUCGGCGGGGAGAUAACUAUGCACGAGUAUCUUAGAGGUGAUAUGCAUAUUUCAGUCAAAUUUAUGGAAGAGAGAACCUUCACCUUCUAUAACUCCGACCACAUCGACAAUGUCAAGGCAAAGAUACGUGACGAGGUGGGAAUACCUCGUCACCAGCAAACGCUAACCUUUGAAGGUCAAUUGCUCGAGGGUGGCCGUACCUUGGCUGAUUACCGAAUCCGGAUGGACUCAACCCUGGACCUUAGAGAUGGUAGCAUGCAGAUCUAUGUCAAAACACUGACAGGUAAAGUCUUUCCCCUCUCCGUUGAAAGCUCUAAAACCAUUUACGAUGUCAUGGAAAAGAUAAGUGACGUGGAAGGGAUUCCUUCUUCCAUGCAAAGGUUAAUCUUUAAUGGUCGACAACUACAUUAUGGCCGCACCUUAGGUUAUUACAACGUCCCCAAGGAAUCAACUCUGUUCCUGGUGUUACGGUUCAGAGGUGGUGGUGGUGGUUUUGGUACAACCAUCACUAUCGAGCCAUUGUUGGGAAAAACCCUGAUCCUCAGGAUUGAAUCAGCCAGUAAUCCAAUUACGGAUAUUCCACUCCCUUCGCCGGCUCUCCCUAGUGGAGUGUCGUCUACAUGGUUGGAAUAUUUGUUGUCAUUUUUGAUCACCAUUAAAGGAUAUUCCGAAAAGUGGGGUCUUCGACUCUCAUGGGUUUUGUUCAGUCGGAUACGGAGGUAGUUACAUUCAGUUUAUAUUCUCUUGUUUGUGCUCUCCUAACGAGCCUUUAAUGUUUUUAAGAGUGUGUGUGUGAUCUUCUAAUUUUUCACUGUUAAAUAGAUGACAAUCAUUUGGUUUAUUUCUUAUCUUAUAUAUAUAAGAU